AAAUAUUUGUCUAAAAAUAAAUAGUAACCGAUAGGUAACUUGGCAAACUCAAAAGCAGUGAAACGGUGGAAGUGUAACACUUUUGUUUGAUGGGUAUGGUUCGGCAAAAUGGCAUCCAAAAGUCAAAUCGACUCCGCGUUCUCCUAGCACAACGGCGAUUUUAGAGAUCCGAUAGCAAACAACUCGUAUAUAAUUUAUACAACUAUAUAUAUAUAUAUAUAUUUAAUAGAUGCACAAAGAAAAUAGAAAAGUAAGAUGCAUGGUAUGGACGAAGCAAGGCGGUGGCAGUACUGAUACUGGCAGUUAUUGGAUUCAAGCUGGUCAUGGAUUCCCAUGCUCAUCCACCCACGUGCAUACUUCAACUCCCUCCGUAAUUCACUUCCCCUACCCUCAUUAAAUAUAUAUAGCCACAGAGAUUUGCAGACACUUCCCUGCAGUUUCAGUUUUCAGUUUUCAUGCCUAUCUUCAUGCAAGAACUGGGGCUGUAAAACUAGUCGCAUGCAUAGCGAUUCGUUGUAAGAAUAUCAUCUUUCACAUAAUAUAGUUGUAGCAGCAGGAGAAAGAGAUACUCCAAGAAGAUGGAAAAGUACGAGUUGGUGAAGGAUUUGGGAGCUGGAAAUUUCGGGGUGGCAAGACUCUUGAGGCACAAGGAGACCAAGGAACUCGUCGCCAUGAAAUACAUCGAGCGUGGCCACAAGAUUGAUGAGAAUGUGGCGAGAGAAAUUAUCAACCACAGAUCGCUCCGGCACCCCAACAUAAUCCGUUUCAAGGAGGUGGUUUUGACACCCACGCAUUUGGCGAUUGUGAUGGAAUAUGCGGCCGGCGGAGAGCUCUUUGAACGCAUCUGCAAUGCCGGUAGAUUUAGUGAAGAUGAGGCUAGAUAUUUCUUUCAGCAGCUGAUCUCUGGUGUCGAUUAUUGUCAUUCCAUGGUAACAUCCCUUUUCACUCUUAGAAGCUCUCUCUCUCGCUCACUCACUUUUCUCUUCUCUUUUUCUGUCAUUCAUAUUACAAAUUGCAAAUACAAAUGUUUAUGUUUAACUCUUAUCUUACAGCAAAUAUGCCAUAGAGAUUUGAAGCUGGAAAACACACUUUUAGAUGGAAGCCCUGCGCCACGGCUAAAAGUUUGUGAUUUUGGUUAUUCUAAGUCAUCCCUCCUGCAUUCACGACCCAAAUCUACGGUUGGAACUCCAGCAUACAUUGCACCAGAAGUUCUUUCUCGGAGAGAGUAUGAUGGCAAGUUGGCAGACGUAUGGUCUUGUGGAGUAACUCUCUAUGUCAUGCUGGUGGGAGCAUAUCCUUUUGAAGACCAAGAUGACCCCAGGAAUUUUAGAAAAACAAUUCAAAAAAUAAUGGCUGUUCAGUACAAAAUCCCCGACUAUGUUCACAUAUCUCAAGAUUGCAAGCACCUACUCUCUCGGAUAUUUGUUGCAAGUCCAUCCAGGAGAAUUGCAAUUAAAGAAAUCAAGAACCAUCCAUGGUUUUUAAAGAAUAUGCCAAGGGAGCUAACAGAGUCUGCUCAAGCUAUCUAUUACCAGAGAGACAAUCCAAGCUUCUCUCUUCAAAGUGUGGAUGAGAUCAUGAAAAUUGUAGCAGAGGCAAGAAACCCACCUCCAUCAUCUACGCCUAUCAGGGGCUUUGGCUGGGGAGCAGAAGACGAAGAAGAAGGCAUCGAAGACAUAGAUGAGGAGGUGGAGGAAGAAGAGGGCGAAGAAGACGAGUAUGACAAGAGGGUCAAAGAAGUUCAUGCAAGUGGAGAGUUUCAAAUCAGCUAAGCAGUUACAUCCUCCUGUGGUCAUAAGAUAAUUCAAGUGUUUAAAGUUGUGGCCGUAGCAUAUUUAUCAAUUUGUAUGUAUGAUUUAAUAAUUGAUGCUACAAUCUCAAAAAAAAAAAAAAAAGAAUGGUGGAUUCUAAAGUAUAGAACUUUGCUUCUAAUCUAUACUAUCUGUUUUUCCAUGGAGGCCAGAAGUAUCUGAAACGGAUAGUUUUCUUGUUAUAUGCCAACUUGAAUGUGUUUGAUCAAUGUCCUUUUAUCA